AUUCCCAAUAUAGCGGAGUCUCUGACGUAAAGCGUCAGUGCGCACGUCUUCAACGGAAACACGUUUCGUUGCCCACCGGAAACACGUGACCCUUCCGCGUCCUGACUACUUCCUGGAUGCUACACGUGUGAACAUGGCGGAUCUACAGAUGAAACUUCUCCGUAAGAAAAUCCAGAAAAGAAGCGAAAAGAACAAAGAGCGGAAACAGAAGCGGAGCAACGCGGAUGAAGAAGAAACCGUGGGAUCCAACGGGCUGGAGGAAGACCAGAGGGAAGAAGCUGCUUAUGAGGCCUGCUUUCAGCCUGAGGAGAACCGGGCAGAAGACCCCGCCGCAGAAGAAACGCCUCUGAAGAAAAAGAAAAAGAAGAAAAGAAAGUUAACCGAAGCAGAUGAGCCUCCAGCUGAGAAAAAGAGCAAAGCGGGGAAGGAGGAGGAGGAUGGAGAUGUUGGAUUAAAUGACAAGGAUGAAGCCAAAGGGGGUGGUGAUGAAGAGGAGGAAGAGCCUGAACUUCCGACUGGACUAACAGGAGCGUUUGAGGACGUGGCCUUCUCUUCUCUCGCUGAGUUAGUGAGUGAGAACACGCUGAGGGGGGUGAAGGAGAUGGGCUUCAAUCACAUGACUGAGAUCCAACACAAAACCAUCCGCCCCCUACUGGAGGGGAGGGACAUUCUGGCUGCUGCUAAAACAGGAAGUGGGAAAACUUUGGCCUUCCUCAUCCCAUCUAUUGAGCUGAUUUACAAACUCAAGUUCAUGCCCCGGAACGGCACCGGCGUGGUGAUCCUGUCUCCCACGCGUGAGCUGGCGAUGCAGACAUAUGGGGUCAUGAAGGAGCUGAUGGCCCACCACGUGCACACGUUUGGUCUCAUUAUGGGGGGCAGCAAUCGCUCCGCCGAGGCCCAAAGGUUGGCCAACGGAGUCAACAUCCUGGUGGCCACGCCGGGUCGUCUGCUGGACCAUCUGCAGAACACUCCCGGGUUUAUGUACAAGAACCUACAGUGUCUGAUCAUCGAUGAGGCCGACCGGAUCCUGGAGGUGGGCUUUGAGGAGGAGCUGAAGCAGAUCAUCAAGCUGUUACCGAAGAAGAGACAGACAAUGCUGUUUUCGGCCACUCAGACUCGGCGGGUGGAGGAUCUGGCUCGGAUUUCCCUGAAGAAGGAGCCGCUGUACGUCGGCGUGGACGACAACAAGGAUAGGGCCACGGUGGACGGCCUGGAGCAGGGCUACGUGGUGUGUCCGUCAGAGAAACGCUUCCUGCUGCUCUUCACCUUCCUGAAGAAGAACCGUAAGAAGAAGCUGAUGGUGUUUUUCUCCUCCUGCAUGUCUGUGAAAUUCCACUACGAGCUGCUGAACUACAUCGACUUGCCCGUCAUGGCGAUUCAUGGCAAACAGAAGCAGACCAAACGGACCACCACCUUCUUCCAGUUCUGUAACGCAGACUCGGGCAUCCUGCUGUGCACGGACGUGGCGGCCCGAGGCCUCGACAUUCCCGAGGUGGACUGGAUCGUCCAGUAUGACCCGCCAGACGACCCAAAGGAGUACAUCCACAGGGUGGGCAGAACCGCCCGCGGCGUCAACGGCAGGGGCCACGCCCUCCUCAUCCUACGACCUGAAGAACUCGGCUUCCUGCGUUUCCUCAAACAGGCCAAGGUUCCUCUGAGCGAGUUUGAGUUUUCCUGGAGUAAAAUCUCAGAUAUCCAGUCCCAGCUGGAGAAACUGAUCGAGAAGAAUUAUUACCUUCACAAGUCGGCGCAGGAGGCCUACAAGUCGUAUGUGAGGGCAUACGACUCGCACUCACUCAAACAGAUCUACAGCGUGAACACGCUCAACCUCCCCAUGGUGGCGCUGUCCUUCGGAUUCAAAGUCCCUCCGUACGUGGACCUCAACGUCCACAGCAGUAAAGGUGUGAAAAUGCAGAAACGAGGUGGAGGUGGCGGCUUUGGAUACCAGAAGUCGAAAAAUGUGACAAAAUCUAGAAUCUUCAAGCACGUCAACAAAGGAAGGAGUGAUAAGAGGCAAUUCUCCCGCUGAGUGUCCUCUGUUAUCCCGGGAAUUCCUCUUUUCCAUCAGGAGUUGGACUUCGGUUCCCUUUGUGGCCUUUCCUGUAAAUGUUCUCCUGUGUCUCACCCGUCUGACUUCCAUAUUAACCCUGAAAAUUUAUAAUAAAGGACUUGAACAACA